AUGUCCUCUUCAUUUUCAUCCUCCUCUGGCGCGAGUUUACGACAACCUCAACCACUCUAUCAUCGACACAUCUCGAAUCCCUCAAAUACAUUCCCUUUAACAGGCCCGAGCCUAAACCUCAGUCCUAGAACAAGAAGUCACGGAUACGAUCUAUCUAUCCCUUCUCCUAUCCCAGAAAGAUCUCACGAAACUUCACCUCUCCCCGAUUACGACGAUCAAGGACAAGGGUUCAAAGGCCAUUUGGUAGAUUUAGAUAACAUGUCGAAACCUUUUGUACCUACUCCUAACAUCUCUCGACCCGGUACGCCCGGAGGCGGGGCCAAGGAUGAUGCGAAUGCUAUGCUCUUGAAUAACCUUGGGGCGGAUAGAGAGAGGGAAGGGAGAGAGAGGAGAGAGGAGAGGAGGGAUGAUAAGUUGACGGGGAAGGAACAAGCCCUACCGAUCCUCUCUUACUGCGCUGCGAGUAUCAUGAUGACAGUAGUCAACAAGUACGUUGUAUCGGGUAGACACUUCACUAUGACCUUCUUGUUACUCGCUAUUCAGUCAGCAGUAUGUGUGUUGGCUGUAUGGUCGGUGAAGCGAUUUGGAAUAAUCACUUUCCGAGACUUCGAUAUGAAAGAUGCCAAAGCAUGGUGGCCUAUCUCCACGUUACUCGUGGCGGUCAUCUAUACCGGAUCAAAAUCAUUGCAAUUCCUGUCCAUUCCCGUUUACACUAUCUUUAAAAAUCUCACUAUCAUCCUCAUCGCCUACGGAGAAGUGUUCAUGUUCAAUGGAGUUGUAACCGGACUGACCCUCUGUUCCUUCGCCUUAAUGGUCGGCUCCUCCAUCAUCGCCGCUUGGGCGGACAUCACUUCCUUCCUCAAUUCUCCGCCUGAACUCGACCCUACUACCGGUCUCGAAAUUGCUACUGGACCCAUUUCAACUAUCGGUGGGAUCAACGCUGGAUACGUUUGGAUGGCUGCUAACUGUUUGGCAUCUGCUGCUUACGUCCUCUUCAUGAGAAAACGAAUCAAGAUCACCGGAUUCAAAGAUUGGGAUUCGAUGUUUUACAACAACUUCCUUUCUAUCCCUGUACUCAUGGUCUUCUCGCUCGUGAUCGAAGAUUGGGGAAGUGAAUCCCUUUCGCUCAAUUUCCCAGAAUCCAAUAGAUUCAUACUUUUAUCGGCUAUAGCGUUUUCGGGUGCCGCAGCGGUCUUUAUCAGUUAUUCUACUGCUUGGUGUGUCAGAGUAUGUGGAUCGACCACGUAUUCUAUGGUUGGCGCGCUCAACAAACUCCCCGUCGCGGCCAGUGGGAUGUUGUUCUUUGGUGAUCCCGCGAGUUUCGGGAACGUCUCUGCGAUCGGAGUUGGUGGAUUGGCGGGGAUAGUGUAUGCUGUAGCGAAGACGAAUCAGGCAAAGGUCGAUCAGGCGAACAAACUGAGAGCGGCUGGUGGGAGAGCUUAG